CAAGAUGGCGCGGGGUCGGCGGCGCCCGCCGGCAGCGGCAGCAGCCUCCGCUUGAGCGCCCGGGGCGGCGGCGCGCCCUGCGCGAUGGAGGGCGGCGAGCUGGCCGCCGAGAGCAUGGACACCCUGACUGAGCUGGGCGACGAGCUCACCCUGGGCGACAUCGACGAGAUGCUGCAGUUUGUCAGUAACCAGGCAGGAGACUUUCCAGACCUGUUUUCGGAUCCCUUGUGCAGCACCUUCCAGGGCAGUAGUGGCAGCAGCAGCAGGACCCUGGAGCCGCAGUUGCAGCGGCCCUACAGCCAGGUGCAGCUCCAAACCUUCCCGGCACCCCCUGCAUCCCCCCAGCUCCAGAGCCUGCCGGUGAAAGCAGCGCAGACGACGCCUCCAGCCCCUCCACGCUCAGCCCCUGUCCUGCAGCCGCGGCCCUCGGUGCAGCCUCAGCUCCAGCAGCAGGCCGUCAUGAUCACGCCAACGUUCAGCUCUGCUCCCCAGACCAGGAUUAUCCAGCAGCCAGUCAUCUACCAGAAUGCGGCCACAAGCUUCCAAGUUCUCCAGCCUCAGGUCCAGAGCCUGGUGACAUCCUCCCAGGUUCAGCCGGUGACGAUCCAGCAGACGGUGCAGGCCCAGCGAGUGCUGACGCAGGCUGCCAACGGCACCAUCCAGACCUUAACGCCAGCCACGGUCCAGACUGUUGCUGCACCACAGGUUCAGCAAGUUCCAGUUCUCGUCCAACCUCAGAUCAUAAAAACGGAUUCUCUGGUCUUGACAACCCUGAAAACAGAUGGCAAUCCUGUUAUGGCUGCAGUACAGAACCCAGCACUGACAGCACUCACUGCUCCCAUUCAGACCACAGCUCUGCAGACCCUUGUUGGGAGCAAUGGGACCAUUUUGACCACAAUGCCGGUGAUGGUGGGACAAGAAAAGGUGCCUAUCAAACAAGUUCCUGGGGGUGUCAAGCAACCUGAACCACCUAAAGAAGGAGAGAGGAGAACAACUCAUAACAUCAUUGAAAAGCGCUACCGGUCAUCCAUAAAUGACAAAAUCAUUGAGCUGAAGGACCUCGUCAUGGGGACAGAUGCCAAGAUGCACAAGUCUGGAGUCCUGAGAAAAGCCAUUGACUACAUUAAAUACCUGCAGCAAGCUAACCAUAAGCUGAGGCAGGAGAACAUGGUUCUGAAGCUGGCUAACCAAAAAAACAAGCUGUUGAAGGGCAUUGACUUGAGCAGUCUGGUUGACAACGAUGUAGACCUGAAGAUUGAUGACUUCAACCAGAAUGUGCUGCUGAUGUCUCCUCCAGCCUCUGAUUCAGGAUCUCAGGCUGGCUUCUCUCCCUAUUCCAUUGAUUCAGAGCCAGGAAGCCCGCUCCUUGAUGAUGCAAAGGUUAAAGAUGAGCCUGACUCCCCUCCUGUGGCACUUGGUAUGGUGGAUCGCUCUCGAAUACUCCUGUGUGCUCUCACAUUCCUUUGCCUUUCCUUCAAUCCACUGACAUCCCUCCUGGACGCCCGAGGAAGCCCCGAGUCCGACAGCCUGGUGCGCCAUGGCUCCGGCAGGAACGUGCUGACCAUUGAGUCAGAUGCAGCUGGUUGGUUUGGUUGGGUGAUGCCCACCCUAAUCCUGUGGCUUGUGAAUGGAGUGAUUGUACUGAGUGUGUUUAUAAAGCUCCUUGUGCACGGAGAGCCGGUGACCCGGCUGCACUCAAGGUCCUCAGUCACCUUCUGGAGGCACCGCAAGCAAGCAGACCUGGAUUUGGCACGGGGUGAUUUUGCUGCAGCUGCGUCAAACCUGCAGACUUGCCUGUCAGUGCUCGGACGAGCACUGCCAGCUUCCCGCCUGGACUUGGCCUGCAGCCUGUCCUGGAAUGUGAUCCGCUAUAGCCUGCAGAAGCUGGCACUGGUGCGGUGGUUGCUGAAGAGGACUUCUCAUCAGUGGCGGGCAAGGGAGGCCACUGCAGGAUUCGAGGAUGAGGCCAAGACCAGCGCUCGGGAUGCAGCCCUAGCGUAUCACAAGCUCCAUCAGCUCCACAUAACAGGUAAACUUCCCUCCAGCUCAGCUUACUCGGGCUUGCACAUGGCAUUGUGUGCUGUGAAUCUGGCUGAGUGUGCAGAAGAAAAAAUCCCACCCAGCACAAUGGCAGAAAUUCACCUGACGGCUGCAGUUGGCUUGAAAACCCGCUGUGGAGGCAAGCUUGGUUUCCUGGCGAGCUACUUUCUCAGCCAGGCUCAAAGCCUGUGCAGCUCGGAGCGAAGUGCCAUUCCUGACUCGUUGCGUUGGCUGUGCCACCCCCUGGGACAGAAGUUUUUUGUGGAACGAAGCUGGAUGGUGAAGUCUGCUGCGAAGGAGAGCCUGUACUGCACACAGAGGAAUCCCGCGGAUCCCAUUGCACAAGUCCAUCAGGCGUUCUGUGAGAACCUGCUGGAGCGAGCAGUGGAUUCACUUGUGAAGCCUCAGACAAGGAAAGAGGUAGCGGGACAAGAGGAGGAGGAGUCGUGUGAAUUCUCAGGUGCAAUGGAGUACCUGAAAUUGCUCAACUCAUUCUUGGACUCAAUGGGAAGUGGAGCCCCACCCUUUGCCAGCAAUUCUGUACUCAAGUCUGCCCUGGGUCCUGACGUGGUGUGCCGGUGGUGGUCAGCAGCCGUGGCUAUGGCAAUCGCUUGGCUCAGAGGGGAUGAUGCAGCUGUGAGGUCACAUUUUGCAGAAGUGGAGCGCAUGCCAAAGUCUCUGGAGAUGUCAGAGAAUGCCCUGGUGAAAGCUACCUUCUACAUGUGUAAAGCUAUGCAGGCCUCUCUGUCUGGGAAGGCAGAUGGACAGCAGAGCUCCCUGGGUCACUGUGAGAGGGCCAGCAGUCACUUGUGGAACAGCCUCAACAUGAGCAGUGGCAUGUCCAGCACUGUCCUCAACAAUAUGAUCCAGCUGCUGGCCUGUGACUUGCUGCUCUCCCUCCGCACCAGCCUGUGGCAGAAGCAGGCGAACGCCAGCCAGGCGCUGGGUGAGACCUACCACGCGUCGGCCCCCGAACUGACGGGCUUCCAGCGCGACCUCGGGAGCCUGCGCAAGCUGGCCCACAGCUUCAGACCCGCCUACCGCAAGGUUUUCCUCCAUGAGGCCACUGUGCGCCUGAUGGCAGGUGCCAGCCCUACCCGCACCCACCAGCUGCUGGAGCACAGCUUGAGGAGGCGCACGCCCCAGAGCAGCAAACAAGGUGAACUGGACACGUUGCCAGGCCAAAGGGAGCGAGCCACGGCCAUCCUGUUGGCCUGUCGCCAUCUCCCCCUCUCCUUCCUGUCCUCACCGGGCCAGCGAGCAGUGCUGCUGGCCGAGGCUGCCCGCACCCUGGAGAAAGUGGGGGACAAGCGCUCCUGCAACGACUGCCAGCAGAUGAUUGUCAAGCUCAGUGGGGGCACGGCCAUCGCUGCCUCCUAACACUGGCAUGGGUUCCCUUUGUGCAAAGACAGCCUGGUUGAGCAUCAGCCUGGACUUCCCUUCUGGACCUUAGAAAAAGUGCUAGGUUAGGGCUGUGCUGGUGGGAUCAGGAUGGGGUGGGAGAGGGAGGGAAGGGUUUUGGGUUUGAUUUUUUUCUAAACUUGCCCCAGGUUUAGCUUUACUAGCUUCCUUGCUUGUUCUCAGGCACUGCAGCAGGAAUCUGUCUAGUUGUGGUUUUUGUCACUAUGCCUGGGGCUGUUGAGAAGCGCUGCCCUGACACAAAUCACCUGUCCCUGCUUGGGACAGAAGCCCACAAGCCCACGGCAUAGAGAAGUGGCACAUCCCGUGUCUGUCCUCAGGGGUAUUUUGUUCCCUUUCUAAACACCCUCUGCAGAAAGGAAAUCUCUGGGGAGGGCAGAGGAUCUGUUCAAGCCUUGUCCCAUGGGGCUGCACCAGCUCUCCUUGAGCUGUGUGCCAGGAAACUGAAGCCCCCUAGACCCAACUUACCUAGGUGCUCUGGGAAUAUCGCCUGGGGCCAGUACUGCCUGGAAAAUUUCUCUACAGUUUUUAUACAGGUUUUUUUAUAGGAAUGUUUGUGGCUUUACAAAAACAUGGGGAACAAUGCAGCAGAUUUCCCUUUCCUUCUGCUUCAUGCGUCUUUUCCUGUGAUAGCUGCCUCCAGUUUUCAGCAGAGGGUGGGUUUGUGGCAGACUGCAACAAGCAGAGCCUGGUAGACCUUAGCAUCCCUGGUCAUCUGGUGCUGGGUGGCAGCAGAGGUGGACAUGCUGUGCCCUGCACUUAGCAUGAAGGGUGAAUGCUUCUCUGGUGCCUUUUUGUUGAUGCAGAAACAAUUUUUAGAAACAGUUUUUUUUUACGUUACUCAACUCCCAGUCACAGAACUUGUCUUCAGGUGUUUCUCCUUACCUUCUCUAACUGCUCCACAGCUCCUACAGGAUUUGGGAGGCCCUGGUUUAGGGUGCAAGUCUCCCAGCUUUGUUGUUGUUGCUAUUCCAAGCAGUUUGACUUGCAGGUGUUGAAUUGCCUAUGACUUUCCAGGAGUGGGAGGUGGAUUUGGGACAGGCAAAGAACGGUUCGCCCUCUUUCUCUCUGCCUUUCCUGUUGUAUUUCUCCAAAGAAGUGCAGAGUGGUUGCCCUCUCACAUGUGCAUACAUGGAAACAAGCCUUUGGCAAGUGGGCAUUGCUGUUCCUCCAUGUGUAUGGCCAGCAUGUUCUCCAUGUUGGCAGCUCGAAGCAUUUAGAUACAGGCAGCCAUCCAAACCCAUCCUGUCCCAAUCAAGCCUGUACUGCCCAGCUCCUUCAAACUUGGACUGUUUUGCAAGAAGCUUUUACAUUUAUCCAGCUCUUACAGAGAGGCAUGAGCUCCUUCAGAAUGAGAGGAGAAAGAUAGGGGCUUGUGGUUUCCCUUUGCACAGGGUAUUUUGGCAUCUGAGAGGGCCAUUUCAUGUGCUGCAGUAAUUGAACACAGAUAAUGCUAGUCCUGGAGUUGCCCAGCUUCAAGGAGAUGGAAACUGGGGCCAGGAGAAACCCGUCUCCCAGCAAAGCCUGUUCCAAAUGAUUGUGGUCUGUAGCUGUGGACAAAAGCAUGGGGCCCAGAAGGUGUUUGCCUGCCUUCCCCACUUUAUUUGGUGAAUAGCUGGUGGACACUCAGCUGCAAUAGCCAGUACUGUCCUACUGGCUGGGGUGUCCCUUGUUUCCUGGAGUCGGUGGUUGGAGGUGGAGCUCAUUGUUUGAGGGGAAGAGGUUGCUCUCAAGAGUGUCUGAUCAGUGUAGGGGAAGCUCUGGUGGCAGCAGCUUAAGCUUUGAGCAGGUACCCUAAGUGUGCAGAACAGCUCUUGAUUUUGUACACAUUUUGAUUGCUCAUUGCCAAGUUCAUGAGCUCAUCAGUGAUCCUAUUUUGGGGGGUAGAUUGCCUCUUCCUGAUUUGUUUUCCUCUUCUGUGGCUCUCAUGCUGUCUUCCUUGUCAUGGAGUAUUUUUCCUAAAAUACAGGAACUCCUUGCCUGUGGCAACCUAAGUUACCUUGCAUUUCUCCAGGUCUGCGUGCAGCACGUGGGCAGUUGUGUGCUUUAGUAAAAUGGGAGGUAAGGCUUUAGGAAAGCAGUGAUGCUGAGGUUUCACUUUGUCACUAAUGGUAGUCUGAGCCCUGGGGGCUGUGCCACAGGGAGUACUGGCUGGGCCAGGAGCUGGGAGAAGCUGUUGGGCUGAAACCCAGGUAGUGAAUAGCAUGAAGCACCAAGGGUCCUAGCAUGGCUGGUAUGUCUCUGCCCCCUCCAGAGUGAGGGAUCUUUGCCCUGUUUUUUUCUACACUGUUCAAAAAUUUGCUGUCCAUCUGUCCCUACAACUUUUUUUAUAUGUGUGUGUAUAUACUGUAACUUUUUGGUUUGUGGGUGGGAGGAAAUUGUUUUAUGGAUUAUGUGAAGAAAGUCUAUUUAUCCACAUGGAGUUCAGAGUAGGGAUGCUUUGUGAUAUGAGACGCAACUGGUGGUGGGGAAGUUCCCCAGGGAACAUAUCUGCUGUCUGAAAACCCUAUUCCAGGGCUUCUGAGCAUCUGUUACCUAAUAAAGAUGAAUGUUACCACCA